AAAAAUAAAAAAUAAAAAAAGAAAAAAAUGUGAGACCAAAAAAAAAAAAUUCUUCUGGAGGCCGAGUGAGAGACAGACUUUCCCCGUGGGUGAAUAUACCCCGGGUCCCCGGGUUGCUGCCGAUUCUCAACAUCUUGUAAUACUUACGGGAGGUGUGUUAUAAAAGCACAUCCAUUCCCCUGCUUCACAUCGGCUCAUUUCUUCCAUUCACAGCAAUUCCUUUCGGCGUUUCAUUUUGCCAUCUCUCGUUCACUCUCUACUCCUUGGCUGUUCACCGCUUGUGAUAGACCAUAUUUCUUUCACCUAAUAUCUUCUGUCUUCCACACAUCAACCCUGUGCUAGGUAUAUCCAGCAGCGUUUCUCACCAUGGGUGACGCGGUAGCUCCAAAUGCUCUCGCCGACACCACGCGGGUCGAGGCGCCCGUCACAGUCAAAACUUACUUGAUGUGUGCCUUUGCUGCCUUUGGUGGUAUCUUCUUCGGUUACGAUUCCGGAUACAUCAACGGUGUCAUGAGCAUGAAAUAUUUCAUCCAGGAGUUUGAAGGCUUGGACCCUGCCACUACCUCUAAGGAACACUUCGUAAUCUCAUCUUGGAAGAAAUCUUUGAUCACAUCCAUCUUGUCGGCUGGUACAUUCUUCGGUGCGUUGAUUGCUGGUGAUCUGGCGGACUGGUUCGGACGUCGGACCACCAUUAUCUCGGGUUGUGUCAUCUUCAUCGUCGGUGUGGUUCUACAGACCGCGUCCUCCACCGUUGCUCUUCUUGUGGUGGGCCGUUUGAUCGCGGGCUUUGGUGUCGGUUUCGUGUCGGCGAUCAUCAUUCUGUACAUGUCUGAAAUUGCCCCUCGCAAGGUCCGUGGUGCUAUUGUUUCCGGAUACCAGUUCUGCAUCACCAUCGGUCUAAUGCUGGCCUCCUGCGUCGACUAUGCGACCCAGGAGCGCACGGAUUCCGGUUCCUAUCGGAUUCCGAUUGCUAUUCAAAUUGCCUGGGCUCUCAUUCUUGGUGGCGGGUUGCUCUUUCUGCCGGAAUCUCCUCGUUACUUCGUCCGAAAGGGUCAACUUGAGAAGGCCGCCCAUGUCCUCGCUCGUGUUCGUGGGCAGUCCGUGGACUCGGACUAUAUCAAGCAAGAACUGGCUGAGAUCGUUGCUAACAACGAAUACGAGAUGCAAGCGAUGCCCCAGGGUGGCUACUUCAUGAGCUGGGCCAACUGCUUCCGGGGCAGCCUCUUCCACCCCAACAGCAACCUCCGUCGGACCGUCCUGGGCACUUCUCUUCAGAUGAUGCAGCAAUGGACUGGUGUCAACUUUGUGUUCUAUUUCGGUACCACUUUUUUUACCUCUCUCGGAACGAUUUCCAACCCCUUCCUGAUUAGCAUGAUCACCACCAUUGUCAACGUGUGCUCGACUCCGAUCUCUUUUUAUACCAUGGAGAAGAUUGGUCGUCGCCCACUACUUCUGUGGGGUGCUCUUGGUAUGGUCAUCUGCCAGUUUAUUGUCGCCAUCACCGGUACCGUCGAUGGCGACAACAAGUCCGCCGUUAGCGCCGAGAUCUCAUUCAUCUGCAUCUACAUCUUUUUCUUUGCCAGCACCUGGGGCCCCGGCGCGUGGGUGGUCAUUGGCGAGAUCUUCCCGCUGCCCAUUCGUUCGCGCGGCGUGGCGCUGUCCACCGCAUCGAACUGGCUCUGGAACUGCAUCAUUGCCGUCAUUACUCCAUACAUGGUGGACAAGGACAAGGGCGAUCUCAAGGCUAAGGUGUUCUUCAUCUGGGGAUCCCUCUGCGCCUGCGCCUUCGUCUACACCUACUUCCUCAUCCCCGAAACCAAGGGGCUCACCCUCGAGCAGGUGGACAAGAUGAUGGAAGAGACCACCCCGCGGACCUCUGCCAAGUGGAAGCCCCACGGCACCUUUGCGGCCGACAUGGGCCUUACCGAGAAGGAUAUCAACGACAAAGUCCACGUCGUCCAUCGCGAGGUCUGAUCUACCGGGGAUGGUGUGUCAGCCGGGGUCGUGUCAGGUUUCGGGAGGUGUUCUGCGCGUUUACUUUUCAUUUCUUUAUUGAUGACUGAUUUCUCAGCUGUCAUGAACUCAUACCCAUGAUUUUACGCGUCAUGUCAUUUUAAUGUCUUGUGAGAACAGAGAAAGGUGAAAUGGAACUGUACCAUUAAUUGCUAGUCGCUUUGUUUCUUUCUUUCUUUUUUUUUUUUUCUUUAUUCAGAGAGGUCUUAGUAGAGAAUCUGAUCCUUCCAGACUCCCCCCUUGAUAAGUUUGGAUAUAAAAGUGGGUCACGCUUCGGCAAAUGUGAACGCUGAACAUUCCGAUACCGUAAUUAAAACCGGAACCGUUGAUUCAUCUGAAGGAUGUGAAUAACCUCAUGAAACAGGCCCCUUACGUACCCUCCCUUAGGUGUAGCUGGACGUUAGUAACCAUGUCAACAAAGAAAAAAAAACAUAUCUCAUGACACAGUCGAGGAGACAUAUAACGAGCUAUUUACAAGGACAGAGUGUCUCAGCAGCCUCUCU